UCAUUUUUAAGCGAUUCUCGCGUGCCAAUUGUACAACAAUUUGAUGUAAUUUUAUUAACAGAAAACUAGUAAAACGUUUGAGAAAAUGACGUUGUAUCAUUUUGGAAAUUGUGUUGCGCUCGUCUACGUGCCAUACUACUUCACAUACAAGUACUCUGGACUGUCAGAAUAUGGCGCAUUUUACAAGUGCAUACAUUCAGGCGCAAUAUACAUAUUCACGCAACUCUGCAAAAUGUUAGUUUUGGCUACAUUUUUCUAUUCCGACACGGCAAAUGGGGGCGGUGAUUUUAACUUUUUUUCGGAGAUACUACGCUGCAGUGUGGAUGUGGCUGAUCUGCUGGGAUUCGCGUUAAUUCUAAGUCGCAUUCCCGGCAAGGGUCACUCAAAGCUCAUCACCGCUGGAUUGGGAUGGGCUACGGCGGAGGUGAUCUUGUCACGCGGUAUUAUGCUGUGGGUGGGUGCGCGCGGCACUGAAUUCAGUUGGAUCUACAUACUCAAGUGUCUGGAUAGUAAUGUACUGCUCAUACAACACAUUACAACAGCCACACUUAUUUGGCUCUUCACCCGCCACGACCUCAACAAGGCAUACAAACCUAUAGUAACUCUACUGCUGGUAGUUACUAUAUUCAAGGGUGUCUGGCUCGACGGAUUGCUACAUGUGCUAGCCAUUGGACCGUGGUCAACGAUUGCCAUUAAAGCGCUAGUGGCUGCCAUCAUUGGAUUCUGUUCGCUACAUAUUUAUACUGGAUUGGCUCAACAGAUUGGCAUUUAAUUUUAAAGACUUGUUUUUUAUUUUGAUUCAGGUUCUGCUUUAGUUAUGUGAAGUAUUUAAUAGCAAAAACAGUAAUGACGGUUUAGGAAAUUACAAAAAUGUUAAAGUAUAGUAAUCAUGUAACUAUAACGUAAGAGUAAUGAACAGUGUUUUUAAAAAAUUUUAAAUGUAGAGUUGAAAUUUGUGUGGAAAUUUAAAAGUAACUUCAAAUUUAUGUUACGAAAUAUUUAAAUUGGCUAAAAAUAGUUGAUUUAUCGCAAUAGAAGCAACUCCCAUUGUUAUGGUAUCUACUUCAAUGGAGUUGGGUUUUUUCGAAAUCGAGAUAUAACAAUCAUUUAAGAGAUCUGCGAUUAAAGACAAUCAGUUUAGGAAUAAAAUAAACAAAUGUAUGUUAUGUUAAA